AGAGAGGGCCGAGAAGGACGCGGCGGGGGCCUCGGGGCCACCGCCGCGCGCCCGCCCGCCCGCCAGGAUGUCGUACAUGCUGCCUCAUCUCCACAACGGCUGGCAGGUGGACCAGGCCAUCCUGUCGGAGGAGGAUCGAGUGGUGGUCAUCCGCUUCGGGCACGACUGGGAUCCGACAUGCAUGAAAAUGGAUGAGGUUUUGUACAGCAUCGCCGAGAAGGUAAAGAACUUUGCUGUUAUUUAUCUUGUGGAUAUCACUGAAGUACCAGACUUCAACAAGAUGUAUGAGUUGUAUGAUCCCUGCACAGUCAUGUUUUUCUUCAGGAACAAACACAUCAUGAUUGAUUUAGGUACAGGUAAUAACAACAAGAUCAACUGGGCAAUGGAAGAUAAACAAGAGAUGAUUGACAUUAUAGAAACUGUUUACAGAGGAGCCCGCAAAGGUCGAGGUUUAGUGGUAUCACCAAAAGAUUAUUCUACUAAAUACAGAUACUGAUAUUUUGUUGGGGCUGUGCUUUUCUUUUGUAACCCUUUCUCCACCUAAAUUUAUUUUUCUGUAUGUGUGUACAUACAUAUGCAUAUUAAAAAAGAAAGAAUCAGUCUUUCAGUGUUGAGCGUGUUGUUGAUUAUUUAAAAACUUUAGAUUCCAUUUGGAAAAGGACACAGAGCCUCAAACUGUAUGACUGCAGCAGGGCUGGGGCUUUGUUCAGGUGUUGUUCUUUCAGACUUUACUUUCAGGACUUUUGGUAUGAUGUAUUUUUGUACAAAAAAAGCCUGUUUGUAGAAAAACAUCUCAGCUGUCUGUUUACUUCUGUGUGGUGCUUUAAUGCAGCGGGUGGCUGAGUGCCCCACAGUUGUUUCCAGUCAUUCCCAGUAGGAGGGCAGAGAGAAUUAAGAAAAAAAACAAACGCUGCAACACUGCUUAGCAGCAGCUGUAGGCAUCAGUGUGUUACUGACAUUGUUUUUCUCCUAGCACCAAAACCCACCAUCAUACCAGGCACUCUGAAGAAAACAA